UUCGCUGGACGCGGUCGACGACCAGCCCUCGCAACGGCGCUCUGUCCGCGCCCUACAGCCAUCGGCGAGCGUCGCGUCAAUUUACUGCGAUUACUGUAUAACCCGUUUUCCGGUGUAAUCGAUUGCUCGUGAUGUAUUUAGGCUGCGCACUCUUGGUCAUCCUUGCCCUGCCGGGAUCGCUUGGCGUCCCAGAGGAGAAAAAGCCUGCACCAAAGACCGAGCCAUCUCAAGCCAUCGUUUAUAACAUUCCAAAACCUGUAGGAUUUGCUCACAUUGCAGAACAUUUCGAUGAUAUCGACGCAUUCAAGGAACGGUGGGUGGUUUCUGAAGCGAAAAAGGAUGGAGCAGAAGAAAGUGUAGCUAAAUAUGAUGGUAAAUGGGAAGUGGAAGCAUCUUCCAAAAGCCACCUGAGAGGAGACUUGGGCCUUGUUCUCAAGUCCAAAGCACAUCACCAUGCCAUUGCUGCAAAGUUGAGCAAGCCAUUUGCCUUUGACCACAAGCCCUUCGUCCUUCAGUAUGAAGUGCAGUUCCAGGAAGGGCAGGAUUGUGGUGGAGCCUAUUUGAAACUCCUUUCUGACCUGGACGAGAACAAGGACCUGAAGCAGUUCAAUGACAAGUCCCCAUACACUAUCAUGUUUGGACCAGACAAGUGCGGUUCUGACCAUCAGCUGCAUUUUAUCUUCCGCCAUCGCAACCCCCGGAACGGCAGCUACGAAGAGAAGCAUUGGAAGAAGUCCAAGAGCGUGUCAAAGUUUGACGAAAUCUUCAAGGACAAGAAGCCCCACCUGUUCACAUUAGUGCUGUCACCUGACAACCGGUUUGAGAUUCUUGUGGACCAGCGAAGCGAAGUCAAGGGAAGCCUCCUGGAAGACUUUGAGCCACCUGUGAACCCUCCCAAGGAAGUGGAAGACCCAAACGACAAACGACCAGAAGACUGGGAUGAGCGUGAGAAGGUGCCCGACCCAAACGCAGUCAAGCCUGAUGACUGGGAUGAGGAUGCACCUCGGGAAAUUCCUGACCCAGACGCCAAGAAGCCUGUUGGCUGGCUGGAUGAUGAACCCAAGCUGGUGCCGGAUGCAACAGCUGAACGGCCCAAGGACUGGGAUGACGACAUGGACGGUGACUGGGAGCCACCACUGGUCAACAAUCCCAAGUGCGAAGCUGUCGGUUGCGGAGAGUGGAAGCCACCUAUGAUUAGCAACCCGCGCUACAAGGGCAAGUGGAGGGCUCCGCUUAUUGACAACCCUAACUACAAGGGAAAGUGGAAACCACGCAAGAUCCCCAACCCCAACUUCUUUGAGGACCAGAACCCUUUCCGGAUGACAGCUAUUGCAGCUGUAGGCUUCGAGCUUUGGUCUAUGUCCGAUGGAAUCCUCUUCGACAACAUUAUCAUCACAGAUGACACUGUGGUGGCCGACCAGUGGGCUGCUGACACUUGGCUCCUGAAGAAGGAAGCUGGGGAUCGCGAUACGGAUGGCAUGUUCAUGCGCCUCAUCAAGUACACCAACAAGUACCCAUGGCUCUGGGCUGUCUACGUGAUAGUUCUGGGACUGCCCUUAGUUCUGAUCAUCACCUUCUGCUGUUCCAGCUCACAGGACAAGAAAGUGGCAGCGGCUGCUGCUCAGCACAAGAAGAGUGACGAUGCCCCUGUGGCCGAGGAAAGUGCCGAACCAGCUGCAGCUGAAGAGGAACCGGUGACUGCGCCUAUCGAGGAAGAGGAAGAAGAUGAGGAAGAGGAGCCUGCUGCGGCCAAGAGUGCCGACAGCCCAGAUGCAGCGUCUGGCGACAAGGAGACCACUGCCAGCAGCAACGAGGAAGGAGACGGAGCGGAUGGCGAGGACGGAGCUGGAGACUCAAAGCGGUCGCCACGACGGCGGAGGCCCCGAAAGGAGUGAUGUGUCAUGUGAAGAGACUUCUUUUUGUACCCUGCCCAGCGGCAAAAGGCUUGGUAGCAGCUGACUGGACUGCAUUUCUCUGCAAGGGGUGCCUGCAAAAGUAGUGGCAUCACCAGUGUGUGUGCAUGACAGCUGAAACUGGAGUGAAUGUGUGUGUGUUUGUGUGCUUCUUGAAAACUUAAGUUAUUAUUAUACUUAUUACUGUUCAAUAAAGGUUGCUUUAGUUGUA